AUGUUCGAGAACCUCAGUCCCCGUAUUCCAUACCCUCCACCACAAGAAGGAUUUUGGGGCCAGCCAACUUCCACCUUGAACUGGUGCGAAGAAGACUACGUCAUUAGCCAUUACGCUGCUGAAAUCACCAACACUUUGACCAACGCCUUAUUCAUCGCGCUUGGCGUUCGAGGAGUGCGGAAUUGCCUCAAGUACCAACAUGACACGGUAUUUGUCAUCGCAUACCUGGGCUAUUUGCUGCUGUUCAAGUUCGCUGACAGGAACCUAGACCCCAUGCAGCUCGUAGAUGAGCUUUCCAUGAUCUAUACAACAUCCAUCCUCUGCUAUGCAAUCUUCACACACGACAGGUCUCGCUUGUUCUCGAUCUUCCUCGGGAUCGGACUCUUUCUGCUUUCUGUCUCCAUCACAGCAUAUUACCACUACAUUCAAAACCCCGCAUUCCACCAGAAUGCCUUUGGCAUCCUUUUCCUUGCCACAGUGUUCCGGAGUCUGUACACGAUGGAAGCAAUUUUGCGUCCCACGUUGCGGGAGAAGUACGCAAACAAACCCCAACGGACUUUGCUGUCAGACAAGGAAGCCCGAAGAGAUCAGGUUAUUAUUCGUGAAAUGCGAUGGAUUAUCGCCAUGGGGUUCAUCACAUGUGCCGCAGGUAUUGCCGCCUGGAAAUUUGACAACAUACGGUGCGGUGAUCUCGUCCGAUGGAGACAUCAGCUAGGAUUGCCAUGGGGCAUACUCCUAGAAGGCCAUGGGGCACCUGAUGACUGGCCUGGUUCGAGUUUGGGAAAGAAGGAGCUGUAG